AUGUCUCACCUACUGUUUGUCUUACUUUCAUUAUUUUCCUUUGCUGCUCUUCUGGAAGCACAGUGGAAAUUGAGGGAAAAUGUGUACGUCAUAGAAUCCGAGUGGAAUGAUGACACACCAGCUAAGAAAGUGGAGCUCACCUGUAACACACCUGAUGAAGCACUGGCAGUUUACUGGAAAAAGGGCACCGAGCUGAAAGGAACUGGAAAGACUCUGAUUGCCGAAGUGAAAGAGUUCCCAGAUGCUGGCAACUACACCUGUCUGACAGCUAAUACCCACGAAGUUGUCAGCUAUGAUUUCUUCCUCAUAACCAAAAUAGACUCCCAUGGGCAAAUGAUAAGGUCAAUUCUGAAAAGCUUUCAAGAGCCAACCGUGACAUUUAUAAAAUGUAAGGCAAAGAACUACUCUGGAAUUUUCACUUGUUCAUGGAUGACAGAAAUUGAGAGUCCAAAUGUGAAGUUCACAAUCAGAAGUCUAAAAGGCCCUGAAGAUGUAACCUGCAGCACCCCUGUAGCUCACACAGAUAAAUCAGUGACUGAAUACACAGUCCAGUGCCAGAAAGAAAACUACUGUCCAUUUGCUGAAGAGCAUCAGCCGAUUGAGAUGUUCCUGGAGGUCAUUGAUGAAGUGGAAUAUGAGAACUACACUAGCAGCUUCUUCAUCAGAGAUAUCAUAAAACCCGACCCACCCAAAUGUCAGUAUGUGGCCACAAAUGGGACAGUGACCUGGACAUAUCCCAGAACAUGGAGUACACCAAAAUCCUACUUCCCUUUGACUUUCAGGGUGAAAGUUGAAAGCACAAAGAAACGUGGAAGCCAGGUCUACGAUGUCGAUGAGCAGUCUCUUCAGAUUCCAUCAGCUGGCCCGAAAGACAAGAUCUCUGUGCAGGCCAGGGAUCGCUAUUACAAUUCAUCCUGGAGUGAGUGGUCUUCGCUGUGCAGGUAA